UUCUUCCUAGACUGCACCACCUGAGCUCCAACUCCAGCAGUCGAUAAAUUAUGCAUUGAACCACCCCUCGAGAUCGCUGUCUCAGUACGGCGUAUACAUUUGACAUUUAAUACUCCCACUCCGCAAACCUUCUAUGUCUCUGUCCCUCCAAUCCGCCGCCACUCAAUAACAUCAUCUCCCCAAGCCAUCAUGUUUUCCGUCAUCAUCCCCGGCCGACCCUGCCUGACGGACAUCGUCGCCGUCGACGCGCAACCGAACGGCCAACCCACCAAAUUCGCCUUCACCUUCCCGCAGACGCCCGCCUUCGACGAGCUGGUCGUCUUCUUCCUGCCGGGCACCGUGCUGCCCCCGGACACCGCCGCCGCCAUCUACCUCCAAUUCCCGGAGUCGGUCGCAUCAUCAUCGGCCCCGCAGUUCCGCUUCAUCGGCGCCUUAGCCAACGAACGGCCCUCCGCCGUCUUCAAGGUCCGUCCGCCGGCCCCGGAAAUGGCGGCCUCGCUGUCGUCCGCGCUGGUCACGCUGGGGAUCUCGAUCGAGCCCGUGCACGCGGUCGCGCCGCAGCUCGCCGCGCUGGAGGCCGAGGAGAAUCACAACCCGGGGUCGUCGAUGGCGCUGACGACGACCCCCGUGCGACCCCCGAUCAGCACCAAGGUCCUGGCGCAGCGCAUUAUCGGGAACGCCUUCAAUUUCCUGGCGAGCUUUGCGUCGUCGGAUAAGGGCCAGGAUGUGGUGCCGCUCAAGAGCUUUCAGGAUUGGUGGAAGAAGUUUGAGAGGCGGGUGGAUAUGGAUCCCUCGUUCUUGGAGAGGGAGGAUCCCACGGCGACGGGGUGAGCUGUCUGUGUGGUCUGUGGGGGGGGGGGUUUGUGCAUGCGCUUGAUACCACGCUUUUUGUGUAUUGCAAAUGAUACCAUUUUACCUGGACUUUUUGUCGGGGUUGAAAAUUCGAUCAGUUGAAUUUCGGCUGUACGGAGAUGAAACCAGUCUAUAGACACGAUCUAUUCAAAUCUAUGUAUUGCAAGUUCACCACGCCUGAAUUCGAGUCUAAAUGGGCGGGCUGCGGUCUAUCUAACCGGCCAAGUUGGAGCUUACCUCGACUCAAUUACGAGUUUCAAA